AUGCCCACCCCGGACUGGCUGGGCCUGUGUGUGAACGCAGGGGCAGCCGCCUUGGGCCUGCCAGCGGCCGGUGCUGCCCUGUUCCACCUGGCCCGGCUCCCCCCAAGCCCCAGCCGCAUCUACCGCCUGCACCUGCUGCUGGCCGACCUGGCGCUGGCCGCUCUCAGCGCUGGGCGCUGCCUGGGCGCCGUCUACCCGCUGCUGUACCGGCGCUACCGUCAGCCCCGCUACUCCUGCUUCAUCUGCGGGGGGCUCUGGGGGGUUGUGGGGGCCCAUGGUCUAGCCCUGGUGGCCCUCGAGACCCCCUCCACCUCCAAUGGGACCCUGGCCUCAGUUUGCCCAUCUGUGCCGCGCUUGGGCCUGCGCCUGGAGCUAUCCAUGCUGCUGUACUUCAUGCCGCUGGUGCUGGCGGCUUUCUGCACAGCUGGCUGCCUCCAGGCCCUGGCACGGUCCCGCCUGGGCUGGCGCCGUAAGCUGCGGGCCGCCCGCGUAGCGCUGGCCUCACUGGCCCUGCUGCUAGUCGCCUCGGGCCCCCACAACGUGGCACACGUGGUGGGCUUUGCCCAGGGCCAGGAUGUGGCCUGGCACCACCUGGCGUUGCUGCCUGCUGCUGCCACUGCUGUGCUGGACCCACUACCUGGCUGCAUCCCAGUGUGA